GUGCGGCUGCGGAAGCGCGGCGAGGCGGGCGGCGGCGAGGGAGGAAGCUGGGGGGCGGCGGGCCUUGCGGAGCGGGGCGGACGCCAUGGGCCGGCUGCACUGCACGCAGGACCCCGUGCCCGAGGCCGUGGGCGGCGACAUGCAGCAGCUGAACCAGCUGGGCGCGCAGCAGUUCUCGGCCUUGACAGAAGUGCUCUUCCACUUCCUAACUGAGCCAAAAGAGGUGGAAAGGUUUCUGGCUCAGCUCUCUGAGUUUGCCACCACCAAUCAGAUCAGUCUUGGCCCUCUCAGAAGCAUCGUGAAAAGCCUCCUUCUGGUUCCAAACGGUGCCUUGAAGAAGAGUCUCACAGCAGAUCAGGUCCGGGCCGAUUUCAUAACUCUUGGUCUUAGUGAGGAGAAAGCCACUUACUUUUCCGAAAAGUGGAAACAGAGUGCUCCCACCCUUGCUCGAUGGGCCAUAGGACAGACUCUGAUGAUUAACCAGCUUAUAGAUAUGGAGUGGAAAUUUGGAGUAACAUCUGGGAGCAGUGAACUGGAGAAAGUGGGAAGUAUUUUUUUACAAUUAAAGUUGGUGGUUAAGAAAGGAAAUCAAACUGAAAAUUUGUACAUAGACCGGGUCCUCUUGAAGGCAGAGUGAGUGUCCAGUUCCCCUCGGUCCCUCUGGCUGGUUCAGGACUUGGCAUCCAGUAGAAGCUCAACAGAUGUUACCAUGGGAACCGUGAGCCCAUCUUCUCCCACUCAAGGGACCAGGGCCAUCUCUGCCCCUUUCUGAGCUUUAUGACUUCGGGCAGGUCACUUAGCUUUCUGAGCAUCCAUUUUGUUUGCUUCUUGACUCUUCUACUUCCCUCAAAAAGGCUAUGGGGGUCAGAGAGAAUACGACAGCCCUGCUGGGAAGGGGGACAUGCUCUCCCUGCGUCCGACAGAAUUAUCCCGAGGGGGCUGCACCUGUGGUGUCGGUAAGGAGGUCACCUGGAAGAGAGGUGGGCACUGGGCCACACCUACCCGAGUCCCCCGAGUUUUCACAUAAUAACGGCUGAUAUUUUCGGGGCCUGUUCUGUGGACCAGACAUUGCACUAAGUGCCUCACCUGGAUUAUUUCUCUUGGUCCCCUCAGCGACCAUCCUCAGCUUUGCAGAUGAGGAACCCAAAGCACAGAGCCCAAGGCCAUACAGUUGGCAAGUGGUGGGGCUGGGACUGGGAGCUCUUAGCCAUGGAGCCACGCCCUGCCCUGAGCAGAUGCGGGGCAGGGACAGGCAGUCGGCGACCUCGUUGUCACUAUAUAGGAACCUCUGAGGACCAGACAUCCUUGCUUCCUGUCUUCUCUUUUCUAGAUUUGUGUGCUGAGACCAGAAAGGAACACUGUCUCUCCAUCUCUGUCUUUCUCUCUCACACACACUGGGGCACGUGGGGCCUCGUUCACACCAGCCAACCUCCCAUCUUGAUGGAGCUCAUUUCCUCAACUCGGGGUUCUUGGGAGUAGGGUGAAAGGAAGUAUACCUCAGAGGUUCGAAAUGAUGCCCACC